CUUGCACUUCUGGGAAAGGCCUCGUACCCUCAGAAUCAACACUGGGAGGAUGCAAUGGAUUAUUGCCGCGCCGUGAUUGAAGACCCCCAAGACACAGCGCAGCGCGCGAACACUGAACGGGUUCGGUCGUGUUCUGAUGUAUAUUUUGAGUUACUCAAGAAGUUCGGUCCGCGAAUUAUCGAAGUGGCACGUGAAGGUUGUGCAGCGUUGAUCGAUGAUCACUACGGAGGAAACGCAUUGAGCAUCGCCCACAUCGAUAAAAAGGCCAAUACAGAACGACACAUCCAUGAACAAAAAAUAAGUGACAUCUUUAAUCGCAAGCCUGGCGUCCUGGCUGUCGCAUGUUACGAGCUGACGGUCUGCUGCUCUAUAUUGAUCUCAGCAUGGCUACCCACGCAACGCGCAACAAAAUUCGCCACGAUAUCUCACGUGGCAGUCUGUGAGGAUUACCACGCAUUUACUGCCCAAGAAAAGAGGACAAGGAUUCAGAUGAUUGCACUUGCGGUUGGAGCGGCCUUCGAGGCAGGUGGACAGGCAGUUAAUGCCCUAGUCGACGGAACUACCCUGCAAGCAGUUGGAACAAAUGACCAGGUGACAGUGGAGGCGACUAUGGCAUGGAGAGCCGUUGGGGGCUGUACGAUGCCAUACAGCGGCUAUCUUUGGGGCGGGGAGUCAUUGCAGGACGGCCUCAUCGCGCCGGAGGUCAUGAUGGCAAUGCACGACAUUAUGGACUGGCGUAGCGACAUAGCCGCCAGGAAUCAUGAAAAUGGGGUGUCAGCGGUUUAUGGACUUGGUAUGAAAGAUCCGCAUCAUACUUACAUCGAGGCCAUGUUAGAGAAAGCCAGCCUGCACCCGUUGUCAGGAGCAUACGCCAUGGCUUGUAUCAUUCAUUUGCAUUUCACUGCAACAAGAUACGGGUCCUACAUGUAUCGUGGCGGUGUCUGUGAUCCGUGCCUCAAGUGCGAAAGCCUUUUAAGGGACGUGACGCUGGGAGCAGGGCUGCAAUGGGCUCCUAUGGCACCUCCACGUAAUUUCGCAGAAGGACAUCCAUUCCGUCAACUUUGUCACUCAUGGAUGGAUAUAUUCGAGACUCAGCCACUUGCUCAGUGUGGAAUUAGCUGGCUUCAGUACCUCAUAACUACGGGAAGAAUCCGGCUUUUCGACGCACUUGUUACCAUUGAGAUGGGCGACUUUACCAUGGACAUGGACUGGGCAUGAGUCUAAAAGGCAAGCCAGGUUCAUGAGCCAGCCCAAUUCCGAUUUUAGUUAUCCAAAGCUAUACCAUCCUCUAUUACGAAUUUGAUUGCGUCUCAUUUGUUUCUACACUCAUUUUCUUUUCCUAACUGUUUUAUGGCCUCUGGCCUCAACCCUCUGCCGCUUCCGGCUUCUGAACUCAAGGCCUCGGCCUUUACACUUCACACUUAAUUAAGUAACUGCGAGGAGUAACCUCUUUUCAUAUUCCGUGCCCAUCCUAACUGUCGGGGAAGGGUCACUGUCACCAGGCCCAUCGGUCAAGCGCUACGGCAAGAAAUGCUUUCUAAGGCUUACGCCCGUGCUCUAAGGAGCACUACUGUAUAUAAAAAUCCCCUAGCUUAGCACGUCCCCAUAUAUCCAUUAUCUCUUAUAUCCUAGCCAUACUACAAGAAUCAACAGGAUGCCCAGCUCC